AUGACCGACGGAGACUCAGCAGGUGGAUUCCAGGGCACAGACGGAGAGCUGGCGAACUCCUGUGACGUCGCUGCCCUGGGAGACCGCGGCGACGUCUUGGCGAUGACUGGUGGAGGUGGAGCUGGAGAUCCCGAGGGCGGAGGUGACGCCGGUGCGACGGAGGACAGAGGCGACCCAGAGGGGAAGGAGGAACCCCCUGUAGCCGAAGGGGUGGAGGGAUGGAGUGUAACGGACGUCCUAUUUGACGGCUGUGGUCUUGAUGAAACUUGCUGUGAAACUGUAUCUUCAGUUCUACAAUCAUCAAACUCCCAUCUGAGAGAGCUGAACCUGAGCAACAAUCACCUGAAGAAUUCAGGAGUGAUGAUGCUUUCUGAUGGACUGAAGAGUUCAAACUGUAAUCUGAACAUACUGAGGCUAUGUGGGUGUAAUCUCACUGGUCAGUCCUGUGAAAGUUUGUCUUCAGCUCUACAGUCAUCAAACUCUGUCCUGAAAGAGCUGGACCUGAGUAACAAUGACCUGCAGGAUUCUGGAGUGAAGCUUCUUUCUGAUGGACUGAAGAGUCCAAACUGUCAACUGCAGAUACUGAGCCUUACUCACUCUAAUCUCACUGAUCAGUCUUGUGAGAGUUUUUCAUCAGUUCUACAAUCCUCAAACUCUGUCCUGAAAGAGCUGGACCUGAGUAACAAUGACCUGCAGAAUUCUGGAGUGAAGCUUCUUUCUGAUGGACUGAAGAGUCCAAACUGUCAACUGCAGAUACUGAGGUUGUCUGGCUGUAUGGUGACAGAGGAAGGCUGUGGUUAUGUAUCUUCAGCUCUGAGUUUGAACCCCUCACACCUGAGAGAGCUGGACCUGAGCUACAAUCACCCAGGAGACUCAGGAGUGAAGCUGCUCACUGAUACACUCAACCAUCCAAACUACAGACUGGACAAACUCAAAUUCCCAUCGGCUCACUCUGGAUCUGAACACGGUGAAUAAACGCCUCCGUUUGUCUGAGAGCAACACAGUGAUUACUAUCAUGGACCCAGAUCUUCGGUUGUAUCUACGUCAGUCAAAUCCUGAUCAUCCAGACAGAUUUGGUAGUGUGUGUCAGGUGUUGUGUGGAGAGAGUGUGUGUGA